GCUCCUGGGAUUCUCUCGCGCGGCCCCUCCCCUUCGCACGUCCUUCUUUUCACGCCGCAGCUUUCCCCCCCUGCAGGUGACGUGAUGCCCCUUGUUUUGGUGCGCCCGACCAAUCGGACUUGGCGCCUGGAUUCUACGGGAGCCGCGAUGGGCCCGUGGUGGCGGCAACAGGACUCCCCUCCGCUGACCAGAACGCAUUGCGCAGGGUGCACCAGCGCCUGGUCUUCCUGCAGCUUUAACAGCUCUGACAUGGAAACACCAUUGCAGUUCCAGCCGGGCUUCUGCUCAGAGCAGCAGCAGCAGCAGCAGCAGCAACAGCAGCGCCCACACCCGCAUUACCAGCCACAGCCCGCCAGCCACGAGAAGGCGGCGCAGCGGCAGUCCAGCCCAUGCCUCCCGUGCAACCACUGCGCCUUUUACGGGGCUGCGGCUGCCGCGGGCGAUAACUUGCCGCUGCUGCUCCGCACCUCGUCGCCGCUGGCAGGUGCUUUCCGGACUCACUCCUCGCACCUCUCGUGCUCGGCAGCCUCCUCUCGCCAGGGCAGCCAGCUCAACGUGAGCGAGCUGACCCCUUCCAGCCAUGCCAGUUCGUCCAGGCAGCCCCACCACUCCGCCCAGUCCCACCACUCCCAGUACCACCAGUGCCAUAGCCAGCAGCAGCAGCCUCAGCAGCCUCAGCAGCAGCCGGCGGGCAGCCCCCACAGCAGCGCCAGCAGCGGCAGCCACCUCCAGUGCCAGCAGCAGCGCCCGGAGAGCAGCAACCCCUUCACGGAAAUAGCCAUGAGCAGCUGCAGGUACAACGGCGGCGUCAUGCGUCCUCUCAGCAACCUGAGCUCGUCCCGCAGGAACCUGCAUGAGCUCGACUCCGAGUCGCAGCCGCUGCAGCCCCAGCCGCCGCCGCCGCCGCCGCCCCACGCCAGCCCCGGAGCCUCCGCCGCCGCCGCCGCCGGCCCGGAGAUCGUGGUGGCCAAACCCGAGCACAACAACUCCAACAACUUGGCGCUCUACGGCUCCGGCUCCGCCGGCGGCGGCGGCGGCGGCGGACAGAGCAACAGCGGCAGCAAGUCCAGCAAGAAGAAGAACCAGAACAUCGGCUACAAGUUGGGCCACCGCCGGGCGCUCUUCGAGAAGCGGAAGCGCCUCAGCGACUACGCGCUCAUCUUCGGCAUGUUCGGCAUCGUGGUCAUGGUCAUCGAGACCGAGCUGUCCUGGGGCGCCUACACCAAGGAAUCGCUGUAUUCAUUAGCCCUAAAAUGCCUUAUUAGCCUCUCUACAAUCAUUCUGCUUGGUCUGAUUAUUGUAUACCACGCAAGAGAAAUUCAGUUGUUUAUGGUGGACAAUGGAGCUGAUGACUGGAGAAUAGCCAUGACUUACGAGCGCAUUUUCUUCAUCUGCUUGGAAAUCUUGGUGUGUGCUAUACAUCCUAUCCCUGGCAACUACACAUUCACGUGGACAGCACGGCUUGCCUUUUCCUAUACUCCAUCUACAACGAUAGCUGAUGUGGAUAUUAUUUUAUCCAUACCCAUGUUCUUAAGACUAUAUCUUAUUGCCAGAGUUAUGCUUUUGCAUAGUAAACUUUUCACUGAUGCCUCUUCUAGAAGCAUUGGAGCACUAAAUAAGAUAAACUUCAACACUCGUUUUGUUAUGAAGACUCUAAUGACAAUAUGUCCAGGAACUGUACUCUUGGUUUUUAGUAUCUCCUUAUGGAUAAUUGCUGCAUGGACUGUCAGAGCUUGUGAAAGGUAUCAUGAUCAACAGGAUGUUACUAGCAACUUCCUUGGAGCAAUGUGGUUGAUUUCAAUAACUUUUCUUUCAAUUGGAUAUGGUGAUAUGGUACCUAAUACAUACUGUGGGAAAGGAGUCUGCUUGCUAACUGGAAUAAUGGGUGCUGGGUGUACUGCACUGGUGGUAGCUGUGGUUGCAAGGAAAUUAGAACUUACCAAAGCUGAAAAACAUGUGCAUAAUUUCAUGAUGGAUACCCAGCUAACUAAAAGAGUGAAAAAUGCAGCUGCAAACGUACUCAGGGAAACAUGGUUAAUUUAUAAAAAUACAAAGCUGGUAAAAAAGAUAGACCAUGCAAAAGUAAGGAAACAUCAGCGCAAAUUCUUGCAAGCUAUUCACCAAAUUUUACAGAAAUGACUCAGCAAGAAAAGAAGGAAUAGAAGAAUAUGUUAAAGGAAUACAUUCUAAAAAGCUGACAUCUGAACACAGGAAUAUAUUGAAUCAAAGUUUUGCAAUUCAAGAAAUAUCACAAGCUAUAAAGAAAUUGAAAAAAUAAAGAACUGGGCCCAGAUCGACUUACAGCAAUGUAUUAUAAGUGCUUGGAAGAAAUUGUAAUACCACUGCUGCAAAAAGUUGUGAAUAAAAUAAGCCAAGAGAAAAUAUUGCCUUCAUCAUGGCAAGAAUCUUACAGAUUCAUUUCACUAUUGAAUCUGGACUAUUCACUUUUUACCUCAAUAAUGUCAGAGAAAUUUAAGGAAAUAUAUCACAGAGCUGAUUCAUACAAAUCAGACUGGCUUUGUACCAAAGAGAUUCAUGAAAGACAAUGUACACUUUGUGAUUAAUGCAAUAGAAUUUCUGAAAAAGAAGGAAACAGAAUUUAUGUUCCUAGAUACUGAAAAAAGCAUUUGACAAUAUAGCUUGACCUUUUUCCUGAAAAUGCUUGGAAGUCUAAAUUGUGGCUCAAGAUUCAUGAAUUGGAUCCAAAAUAUUUAUACAAAGCAGCAUACAAAGACUUAGAAAAAGGUUGAAGCCAAAAAAAGUACAAUAGCUGCUAUAUUUUCAACUAGUUUCAAGGUUUUUAAAAAGGAAAUUUACACAGCAAAAGGCAUGACUGAAUUUGCAAGGGUGGUAAUACAGCAAAAAGUCCAUUUACCAGGAUGACACAGAAACAGAAAUGGAAAUCAUAUUAUUUAUACUUUUCAUAAGAAACAGGAAAGACAAGGUUGUUAAUAUAUAUGAAUUAAUAAUCCUCUUGAUAUAUAUUGUAUUGAAAAGGUGUUAAAAGGCAAAAAACCUCAAAAAAACUAAACAUCCUGGAUAGAUGGCAAUAAUAUAUAGUCAAUUUUAAAUAUUUGAAAAACGUUUUUAGAAAUUUAUAAUGGUUAUUACCACUGUGGUUUUUUUCUUUCAUCUAUUUUCUUUCAUUAUAAUUCAUCUUGUAACAUUGUUU